AUGGCCUUUUUGUCGCGGCUGCUGGAACUGGACGUGCGAUGGACCAAGUGGGCCCAGAGCAUGUCCUUGGGAUACCUGGAGGUGUUGGUGUACCCAGGCUCUUUGGCCUUCAGCUGGGAGGGCGUCGGCGUCUCCCUCUUCAUAGCUGGGACCUUGUACGGGUUCCAACCUUUGCGCCAAGUGCUGUUUGCGCUGAGCUACGGCCAGGUGCUGAACCGUGCGCUGAAGAUGAGCUUCCAGCGACAGCGCCCAGUGCCCCCGGAGGUUCGCCGACUCUUCCGCACCAUCAUCCCCAAGGAGAACAGCGCAGACGGCGCUGCCUUCCCAUCUGGUGACACCAUGGCGGGCAGCGUCACAGGUGCCUCAUUGGCGUUGGCUGGCUGCGGCAGCGGCUGGUGGCUCCUAGGGCUUUAUGUAGGAUUUGGCCGCGUGUAUUUCUUAGCUCACCACUGGCUGGAUGUGAUCGUUGGCUACCUGGAGGGCUGUGCGGUAUCUUUGCUUUCCGCGCAGGUGAUUCGAGCGCACGAGGGCUUCGACAGAGAGCAGCUUUGGGGCCUGCUGCUAGGCACUGUGGGCUUUGCACUUGCUAUGAAGACCACCAAGAAGCUCCACAGCGGUGCCAAAGCAAGCCACGUCCUGCUCCUGGGUGUUGGAAUGGGCCUCCUCAUAGCCGCGCCCCGGAUCUGA